GCUUCACGCGGUGACGUGUGGGUUCACAUCUGCACAAUCCCGAAGAUAUAUAUCAGUGACAGCCUCAGGAACCGUCGUUUCGCCGUGAUCCAGCACAACUGCACGAUGGCAUCCGAAGAUCUCAGGAUUGACUCUGUCAUAAACCUCCCCUUUUAUGCCAGUGCACACGCACAACCAGGACAGCACCUGGGACCCUCGCUUCCCCGUCUCGGACUGGGGGUCUACAAGAACGAGGAUCCCAAGCCUGCAGUCCUUGCCGCCCUGAAACAUGGGUACAGGCACAUUGACACCGCGCGCAUGUACCGUAACGAGCCAGCCGUUGGACAGGCCGUGCGCGAGAGCGGCGUGCCCCGUGGACAGGUCUUCGUCACCUCCAAAGUUAUGGCCACCGACCAUGGGUACGAGGACACCCUCCGUGCCGUGGACGACUCCCUGCAGAAAUUCGGUUAUGACUAUUUCGAUCUCUACCUGAUACAUAGCCCGCUCUCGGGGCAGGAGAAGCGCCUCGGUACCUGGCGCGCACUCAUCGACGCGAAGAACGCUGGGAAGGUCAAGUCAAUUGGCGUUUCGAACUACUCCGGAAAGCAUAUAGACGAGAUACGCGCUGCAGGACUGGAGCUUCCUUCCGUAAACCAGAUCGAGCUGCACCCUUUGUGCCAACAAAGACCCAUUGUGAAGUACUGCCAGGAAAACGGCAUCGUAGUGGAAGCAUAUAGCCCUUUGGCUCGCAGCAAGCUCGGCGGUCCGGUGUUGCAACGCACCACGAAACUGUACAACAAGGACAUCGCGCAAAUCGCUGUUCGAUGGUCUCUUCAGCAUGGUUUCGUCCCGCUUCCGAAGGCGUCCCAUCGAGAAAGAAUCUUGUCAAACUCCCAGGUCUACGACUUCGAGCUAAGCGAUGAAGACAUGGCAGCGCUGGAUGCAUUGGAUAAGGGCAAGGCGGGAUCGGUGACCUGGAACCCCGUCGAUGCCGACUGAGUGCGGAGAGUAUGAUAGGC